AUGAACGUUAUAAGCUAUUCAAAAAUUUAUUUAGUUUUUAUUUUUACCAUAAUAAACAACUUUAUUUAUACGAAACAUAUCGAUAAAUAUUUAAUUAGUAAUAAAAUAGCUUUUUCUCAUUAUGAUGGUAAUAAAAAAUUGUAUGAAUAUAAAAACUUAAGAACAUUUUUUUUUCUAUCAAAUAAUGGAUUAGUUCUAAAUCAUAAAAAUGCAAGGAAACUUAAGAGAAAUAAAGUUGUAUAUGCCGAAAAAAUUAAAAACCUUAGUUCAUUAGUAGGUGGAUAUGUAAAAAUAAAUCGAGGUCAAUUUAAAUUAUGUAACGGUGUUAUAUUAGACGUCAGAAAAACAGAUAAAGAGGAAUAUGAACUAUUAGUUGUAAUUAAUAGAAAUCAGUCUAAUCAAUACCCCCAAAGUAUAUUAAAUAAAUUCGGAAAAAGUUAUUGGUUUAAUAUUAAAGAUGUAGAAAUUCAAAAACUCAAAAAUUUGUUUUUUCAUAAUUAUAAUAAUUUUUAUGAAAAGAAGGGAAGAAAUGAUGAUAAUAAAAUAUUUGAAAAUAACCAAAAUGUUGGGACUUUAAAGGAAAGUAAAGAUGAAGUUAACCAAUUGGAUUGGGUUUCUCAAAACUCAAUUGCAGAAAACGAAAAUGACGAAACAAUUCAAAUGAAUGACAUUAAAUUUUUCUUAAACAACGAGUUGAGUGAAAAUACGAGCACCCCCAACGAUUUAAACGAUUUAAUAUUUUCCCAUGAUAAAAAAAAAGAAGAGGCUGGAAAUUAUGAACAAGAAACUCCACCAGAGUCAUCUAACCAAUAUAACAAAGAUAUUGAUAAAAUAAUUUUUGAAACAGAAAAUUUCGAUAUGAAUAAAAAAAGUGAGUCAAAAGAGUUGAUAAAAUUAAAGGAAAAUUAUACUGAAGACGAAAUGAGUAAUCCGAAAAAUAUCCAAAAUAAGCAAAAAAUAUUUUGUCAUAAAAUCGUAAAAGAAAUUGAAAAAAAUUAUUUUUAUGAAGACUUAUUAAAUUUAUACAAAACUAAAAGACAUAUUUCAAACAUUGUUGUGUGUUUUUAUAUUUUAAAACAAUUACUUAAAAUUUAUAAUUUUGAAAUGAAUAAUAUAACCUCAAGAAAUAAUUUUAUAAAAAAUGUUAUUCAUAAUAAUACAUUUGAAUUAAUCUUAUUAGAUGUAAAUAAAUUUUUGGAAAAAAAACAAAUAUAUAGAGUAGUUGAUAAAACAUGGCUUUUAUGGGUUUUAGUAAAGUUAAAUAUUCACAAGGAAAAUAAAUAUAAAGAAAUAUUUGGAAAUAUUCUAAAUUUUAUUAUAAGUUAUAUAAAUUUUAAUAUUUUAAACAAAUUAAAUACAAAAAGUAUUUGUGCCAUUCUUUGGAGUUUGGCUAAGUCUGGAUAUACUGGGGAUGAAAAAGUCUAUGAAAAAAUUAUAUACUUUCUAAGAAAAUAUAUAGAAAUAUUGACAUGUCAAGAUAUUUCUAACAUUUACUACUCAUUGUCUAUUAUAAAUUAUAAAGAUGAUUGUAAUUUUUUUGAACUUUUAGAAAAUGAAAUUAAUAAAAAUAUCAACAAAUUUACUGUCCAAAGCCUUAUAAAUAUAUUAUGGUCUAUGACAAAACAAAAAAGAAAUAACACAACUUUUGGAUUAAUUAAAGAUAAAUUAUUAUUUUAUUCAAAUAAUUUAAAUUUAAGAAAUAUAAGUAUAUUUUUAUGGUGUCUACAAAAAAAUAACUACUAUAAAAUUGAUAUAAAUUUCCAAGGAAAAAAUUUUCAAAAUUUAAAUAUAAAACAAGCUAUGCAGUUAUUAUUUUUUUUUAAUUAUAAUAAAGAAAAAUAUAUUGAAUAUUUAAAAUAUGUUUUAAAAUUCUUAUUUCAAAAUAUUAAUAAUUUAACAAAUCAUGAACUAUCCUUCUUUACAUACUCUUUAUCAAAAUUACAACUAUUGGACAAAACUUUUUUAAAAAUUAAAAAAAAUAUUUUACAAAGAAAUUUUAAAACUUUCAAUGUAAUAGAUAUUAACAUGAUAUUUUUAUCACUUAACAAUAGUAAUAUAUUUGACAAACAAUUACUAAAAUAUUUAUUUAAUGCAUUAAAAUAUAUUCUUAACACACACAUCAAGCCAAAUAUUUCUUUGACAAAUAAUAAUGGGGUAUAUAUUCAAAGGAAUAAUAACAAAAUAUUUUUUGAAAACUUAAAUUAUAUAAUUAAAAAUUUAUCUGAAAUGAAAAUUUUUGAUAAAGAAAUUAUUUUGAAGUAUGCAUAUUUAUAUUCUUCUAAUUUAUGUAAUAAUCUUAGCGUAGAUAUUUUUUCUGACUACCUUUUUUACACAACCGCUAUAAUCCCUUUAUCUAAAAAAAAUGACAACUGCACCGAAAUUGGGAAUAGCUCCGAGAUUACUAAUUGCACUAACUUUUAUACAACAACAAAACAGUUAGACAACCUUUAUACAAAAUUAUUGAUUAAAACUGAACAGAUAAAAUUAAAGAUGGUAAAUUUUCAAAAGAUAUAUUCUUAUUUUUUAAAUCAUAUAAUUAUAUUUUUAAAAAAAAAACUAAAAAUGUUUGAAGCUAAAUCAUUCCUUUCACAUUUAGACCAAAAUUAUCAAAAUAAAAAUGAAACAUCAGUUAAAUCACAAAAUAAUGUAGUUGAUACAUUUACCUUUAAUUACCAAACAGAAAAUAAUUUUGAUGUUCAAAAAUUAAAUGAAUUAAUAUUAGACAACAUUCCAACUAGCACAAAUAAUCCUUCCCUUUUAAAGAAUAAUAUUUCAUAUUCAGAAUAUUCAACAUUUGUAAAUAAAAGAAAAAACGCAAACAAUAAUAUUGACCAUGCUGACAACAAAUGUGACAACACAUUUUGUUCUAAUUCUGAAAAAGAAUAUUCUUCUGAUAUCGCAAGCAAUUCUAAAGAAAAUCCUAAUACCAAUGAAAAUAAAUUUACAUUACAUAUUUCUCUAAAUUCAAUAAUACAUUUAUUUUAUGCAUUUAGUCAUUUAAACUUGUUUGAUAAAACAUGUAUCGAUUUUUAUUUUGAAAAUUUAUAUAAUGUAAUUAACGAAAAGAAAAAUGAAAUAACUGCUUACCAGUGGUUAAUUAUUCGAGAUACAAUAAAAAUAGUUAAUAUAAAAAACAAAAAAGAAUGGACUAUUCUUUUAGAUAAUGUAAAUACAUACACAAAUUAUGGAAAAGAUUCAAAAGAUCAAAUCGAGACAAUAAACAUUGAUAUUUAA